UUCAUAAAUAGUAAUGGAGUAAUAAUAGUAAAACCUUAUGUAAAUAUUUGUGUAUAUAUAUUGAUAGGUACUGAAUCUUUCUGACCUAUCCUACAAACUGUAUGGCACUAUAGCCAAAGGAAAAAGGCUGCAACUCUUCUGCUACAAAAGAGAACACCCCAUUUCUCUUCUUUCUGUCCCCCCCACCCCUUGCUCAAACCCCAGAGCAAGAAAAACCCCAUUUUUUUUUACUUUUGGAUUCCAAAAGUGAAAAGAAAAAGGUAAACUUGUUUGUGGUUCUUCAGAGAGGAAAAAGAUGAGUGGUGAAAAAGAAGAUGGUUUGGGUUUGAGUCUAAGCUUAGGAAUUAUGAGUUGCCCUCAGCAAAAUAAACUCAAGAAUUAUAUCACUUUAUCAUCAUCAACUCCUCCUCCUCCUCCUCCUUUAGCCUUGAAUCUCUUGCCUUUCAUGCACCAUCAUCAAAGUUCUUCAGGGAGAAAUGAUGAGGAAAGAGGAAGGGUAAGAGGGGAAAUAGACAUGAAUGAGCCAGCCAGGAUGAUUGUAGAAUGUGAUAAUGAACAAGAUGAUGAUGAUGAAGAAGAAAAUCAAGUGAUAAUGGUUUCAUCACCAAACAGUACUGUUUCAAGUGUGAGUGGUAAGAGGAGUCAUGAUGAAGGGGAGAGAACCACCAGCUCACUGGAGGAUGACGGCGGCGAUGCGGCGGCAAGGAAGAAACUCCGGUUGUCUAAGGAACAAGCUGCAGUUCUUGAAGAGACAUUCAAGGAACAUAACACUCUUAAUCCGAAACAAAAAUUGGCUCUGGCGACACAGCUGAAUCUGAGGCCAAGACAAGUGGAGGUGUGGUUUCAGAACAGGAGGGCAAGGACCAAGUUGAAGCAAACAGAGGUUGAUUGUGAGUACUUGAAGCGUUGCUGCGAAAAUCUGACGGCGGAAAACAGACGUUUGCAGAAAGAAGUUGUUGAGCUUAGAGCAUUGAAGCUUUCUCCACAAUUGUACAUGAACAUGAGCCCUCCUACGACCCUCACCAUGUGUCCUCAGUGCGAGCGCGUAGCUGUAUCAUCAUCCUCAUCCUCCGCGGCCUCUUCUUCAGUCAACCGACCAAGUGCCUCUCGCUCACACCAUCACCCGGAAGGCGCCCUCCACCAAGCGCCAGUGCCCCUCAACAAACCAUGGGCUGCAAUACUCGCCCCUAAGACACUCGGCGUGCAACAACGGUCCCAAGUGUAAUUUUUCUCUUGUUUGGAGGGUGAAGAAGUAAUUUUGGACUAGAUUGUUGAACUCUUUUUUGAGCUAAACAGAUAGACAAAGGGUAGUGAAAACUGAAAAGUGGUCCUAUGAUAGGGGGUAGGGACUAGGGACUAGGGAGAGCAAGUGUUUAUAGAGAAAUUAAGAUGAAUGAGAUGAUUACAAGAGAAUCUGAGUUAGUUUUAUUUUUGUUUGGGUUCUCCUUUAGUUGGUGAAUGAUUAAUGUUCAAAAAGUGGGAUGUGAUGUGUUGGGUUUGAAAGGAACAGUUGUUUGAUUUGUUCAUUUCAUUUGUGUAGGAAAAUGGUUACUUUAAUGGGAAGACAUAAUUAUGUUGCACUAA